CCACCAUGGGAAGGAUCGGGUUGCUGUACUUCCUCGCCGGAGUAUUUGGAGGUUUCCUGUGUAGUCCCCAUGUCGAAGCCGCCUCGGAUCAAUCGUCACUGUUCCCGGAGAAAUUAGUCCAUCUCGAUUUCAAGGGUGCACCGCUUAGCAUCGCCUACAUGGAGAGCGUUUUCCCCCUCCUCCGCGCAAUGGGUGCUUCCGGGCUCUUGGUCGAAUACGAAGAUAUGUUCCCUUAUUCCGGAGCUCUACGCAACCUCACUGCGAGAAACCACUUUUCACCGGACGACAUCAAACGCCUGCUCGAUGCUGCAGAUUCCAAUAACCUGACCGUCAUCCCCCUAGUGCAGACCUUCGGACACUUGGAGUUCGUAUUGAAACUCCCUGACUACAUCACCAUGAGGGAGGACCCGGAAAAUCCUCAGGCUUUGUGCCCAUCGUUCAGCCUGUCGAAUAUAAUCGUCAGAGACAUGUUGAGACAAGUUGCUCACCUUCACAAGGAUCGCAUCUCUCAUAUUCACAUUGGAAGUGAUGAGGUCUUCGUCAUCGGAGAAUGCUCCCGGUGUAAGGCCCGUAUGUUUGCGAAUAAUUGGACAACGGAUGAUCUCUUCCUGGAUCAUGUGCAUACGAUCACCGCCUUCACGAGAAGCCUGAACCUGCAACCGAUCAUGUGGGACGACAUGUUCCGGAAGAUAGACAUCGACGUUCUGAGGACCAAGAAUCUGACGAAGGACACGGACAUAAUGCUGUGGAGUUACAGGAAUGUCGGAGAAGGGGAAGCCGACCUGAUCGAAAAAUACUCUCAGGCGAACUUUGCCGGUAUCUGGGUUGCGAGCGCUUUCAAGGGUGUGGCUGGGCCGAGCGAGCAAAUGCCGCAGUAUACUCUGCACCUGAACAACAAUAUCGAUUGGCUCAAAGUAGCUUCAAGCCUGGAGAACAAGGUUAAAUUGAGAGGAAUCGCUCUCACAGGUUGGUCGAGAUUCGACCAUUUCGGUUCUUUGUGUGAGCUCUUCCCUGUCGGGAUUCCUGUACUGGCUCUCUGUCUCAAGCACCUCAGCACCGGUUCUCAUGACGCGAGGGCACUGGAGGAUAUUCGGGAGCUCCUUCGUUGCAACAGACCGAUACCGUUGGCAUCGCCCGAGGACGCUGCCCUUAUGUGGUGCGGAUAUCCAGGAGCGAUGACCUUCGUCGCGGUCCAACGGCUUGACCAAUUCGAAAGGAAGAGGCUCUCCAUCGAGAGUACUUCCUAUUACAAGGGUUUCCUGACUCCGAUGAACCUGAAGCACAACUUCAGCUCUCCGGCUCUUGUGAGGGAUGCCGUGGUCAAACUACCAGCGGCUAUGGAUCUCUUGGACACAGUGUUAGAAAAUAUCCAGCAUUUGAAGAAUGUGUGCGAUCAAUUCACAUUGAAGGAAUGGAUCGAGACGUACUGGCAACCACAAAAAGACUGGGGUCAAGCAUUGCAAACCGUCGCAGAAAAACUCCUUUACCACAAAACUUUUCCCAGGCGCCCUCUGUAUAAUUAGGCGGCAUCAGCUUGGAGAAUACACUCAUGGUGAUUGACUGUCAAGUACUGCCGGACUGGCUGCAAAGCCCAGACGUCGUCGGAGCUCCUUGAGGUAUCCUCCGUUAAAGCAUCAUUUUUCGGCGUCGCAUGGCCCUCGCUGCCGACCUUGAUAUGUUCUCGGGGCUGAGGAUUUAGGCGGUACGUAUUUAGCGUUUCUUGGUCGCUCGCUCGAGGCGGAGCGCUGUCAUUGUCCCCAGAAUGGAAAUAAAAUGGACGA